CGUUUCUGACCUCCAUCUCGGGCGCGGACUUUCACGAUAGCCUUGACACGGCAAUGCAGGCCUCAAGAACUCUCAUUUUACCUUGGGUCGACACCAAACGAAGUGAAAAGUCUGCAGCUAACAGCUUUUCCCGACCAGUACCUUUUCCUAGCCUUUUCGUCCUCGCGGCGAUGGUGUACCGUACCACAUCUGACAGGCACGAAAAAGGAUCGUCACUCUCGGCAGUCACUAUGCACCCGGAGCCCCCAGAUUCCCCGGAGCCCACCUGUGCCCACGUCUCGAAGCCGGGGUCGACGAGGGCGGCAGCAAAUCACAAGCUGUGCCUCCACCGCCAUACUCAUCGCCCACGGCUUGUUGGCCGACAACGGUCUUCAACGACCUGCUAUCGUCGAAUGAGGUGUUGUGGUCAUUUCUCGUGUACGUGACCAUAUAUCUCCGCUGGCUGAGGGAUCAGUUGCCUUUCACAAUCGUGCUGCAGGCGUACGAGCUUUCGGCGCAUCUGUAAAUGGCUAUUUGUGAUCUCAUUGAGGCGUUCCUGCUGACCUGACUGGAAAUUGGUGGUUCUGCCUAGCUUGGAAGUCCUCACCCGAACCUCCAAGCAGUGACCCCGAGGAGCCCCUAUAUAUCGCAGACCGUGACUUGCCCA